GCCGCUUGCACGAAUAUAUGGUUGGACGCUUCCACAUGCCAUCUACAAUUUGACACCAUUUGGCUCAAGUGUUGGGUCCGUUUAUCUGGGCCCAUAUAUGAGGCUCAAGUGUUGGGUCCCCGCUCUACUGGCCAUCUAUACUGUGGCCUACAUAUUGGCAGUUUCAGGCUUCUUGACAAAGCAACCCUGGACUCCAACUCGUCCAAAUUUUAUGUCAGGCAAGAGGAAGGCACCACCUGUUGAUGAGGAGCCUGAUGCCGGAGAGCUGCACUGGAUUCCUCUCGGUCGACAGUUUCUUUUUGAUGACCUUGUUCAUUGGCAGGGCAAGGAAAGAGGCCUGAAGUUUGAGGACGUGGCGUCCCGCAUUGAUACUGUGGUACUCGGACCCCAUGCCUCAGCAGCCUUCCCUGAGGAGUUAAAACCUUUUGUUUCGCAGUCUCUCAGCAGACGGAAGCAAUAUGAUUUUUCUGACGUUAUCACUGGCCCCGUGGGUCGGGCUUGGGCUGCUGCGGACAGCAAGGUUGUUUUCGUUGAGAACCCACAUUCUCGAGUUGUGGUUGAUCCAAACAGGGAGCAUGGCAAUGAGCCUGAAGCACUCCUGCGUCAAUGCUUCCAGCGGCUCCGGCAAGACAAAGGCGCGUCACUGGCGGGCGUUGAUCAGGUGAGGCCUGUGACGUUCUCUGGCGAGGAUGUGCUGCUAGAGCCGGCAGAGGCAGACUGGCCGAAGCUCACAGCAGCAUUGAAGACCUCGGCAGCGUUGGGACCCUUGGCUUACGAGGCAGCCAGGGACCGUGUACUCGAGCUCGUUCGGGAAGCCAAGCCUGAGCGGAGCCCGUUGACCGUGAUAGGCUUUCACGAUACCAACAACGAGAAGAUGCGGGCCGACGGUGCUAUUGUUGCGCAACGGCCUGAGCCAGACAGAAUGCCUCCAUUCUGCAAUUUCGGCAACCAGGGGGACUUCGUAGGCGAUGCGGUGGAGGGCAAGGUGCUGCUGAUGCCCGGCAAAGAUUUGCGCUGCAUUGCAAGAGCAUGGGCACAGGCUUGUGGGCAGGCUGCAGAGCAGGAUUUCUUGCAACCCAAGGAGUUCGCGUACAUGGAACCUGUCUCGUUUAAUCGACCUUACCCUGGAGGCUACGAGGUCCGAUAUUGGGCUAAGCAUCUGCCAAGUUCCGAGGAGAAACGGUAUUCGGUAUUCCAAGUCGAGUUUGCCAGGUCUUUUCUGUUGGGGCCCAAGUCCGCGCAAGAGCUCCGAGAGCCAGGUAGCUCCUGGCCUGCAGUAGACCAAGCACACGUGGACUGGGUUGCCGACAAGCUGAGGGAGGCUGGGGAUGAGCUGCGUGCAGCUUCGUGAUGGCUCACACAUGCCGGGAUGAUUUGCGGGCUCCCCCCCGUCAUCCAGCCUCCCUCCACUCGGGACGCUGGCGACAGCAUGCAACCUGUUGCGGCGAUGCUGCCCACGCCGUGAGUGCCGACGCCCGGGUCGAGCUUGGCAGCGCCGCUCCGCCGUCGUGCCUCGCGGCCGGCUCCUGGCAGCAAGCGACGUUUGGCAUGGCCCAGGGGCUCCCCCCCUCCCGAAGGGAGACGGAGCCUGCGCUCCGCGCGCCCCGGCCCGAGGGCGCUGCGCACCAGGAGGCUGGUGAGGCCCCGAGACCCGGCGCCCGGAGACCAGCGAGCACUCUUCUUAUGUCAUCUUGUCCCUGGCCCCCCCGCUGGGCCGCGCACAUGCCGCCGGUCAUGAUUUGCACCCCCCCCUCUUGGACACCCCCCUCUUGGCCGCUCCCGAACUUUGCUGCAGUGACCGCUGUGAGUUGCAACAGCUGCGAUGUGGUCCCAACGCGCUUGCAGGCACUUGCAAGCGGUCUGCAAGCCCACCUAGCUGC